GAAUGCCCGAAGAAACGAGCGAGUUGGUAGGGAGGAAGAAACAAAAAUUGUAAUACCGGAACGUCUGGAUUUCUGGCUGCUGAGCGUGUCGCUUAGAACCUCAAUUGGGUCACGGGGCGCAAUCGGAGAGGUCAUCACUGCAGCAAGCGGCUCGGUAGUAGCACAGCACGAGCCAGUUUUUGCUGAAAGCUGCUAAGCGAAGGAAGUGGAGGCGUUUUCACAGCUCCUCGUUUUGGCUUCGGCUGUGGUUAUCACGAAGAAAGAAGCGAUGAGGAAUCUGACGACAUUGUUCUUGUUCGCGAUGCUCGCGAUUGCCUCACUAUCACUUGCGGCUCCGAAAGCAGCGAAAGACGACUACGAAACGACGGUUGAUCCCAAGGCCUGUCCGGGCUGGCAGGUGUGGCAGGACUGUUCUGGAAACGACUGCCGCGAGCUUAGCUGCGAAGAUCCCAUUCAUGGCGGGGAAUGCAAGGAGUGCACCAGCGGCUGCUAUUGCAUAGAAGGAUACUUCAGGAACCCCACCGGAAACUGCGUCAACUGGGAUCACUGCCCACGGGAAUGAAUGCUGUGUUCGAUGCCAUUAAGCCCCUUCACUUUUUAGCCGUCUCGACAUAUCUUGUUUGCCGUUUUGUUCUUCUGAGCUGCGUUGUGCAUGCAUGCCUAGCGAAGUUCUAUUGCAAGGGAAAGUUUCUUGGUUUCUCAAGAAGAGGAAGCUCUUUUGUGACUGAUAUGUGACCCCUGUAUGGACAUUGUUCACGUUCAGAAAUACAUUCUUUCAUUUGUGACUCA